AUGGUUUCUUUUGCUUUGCUGUUUCUUCUGGAGUCCGCUGAGGCUCAGCUGGUCGAUCGAGAUUCCGCUCACAGGGCUCUUCUGGUCGAACGGAACGCAACAGGGGACCCUGAGGGACUGCCUUCCGAUCCUGAUCUGAACAACGGAACGCUGCUGCCCGCAAACAUGACGGCGGAAACCCCGUUUGCCUGGUGUGACUACAACCUUCAGAAUGUGGCUGACUCAGGAGCUUCUUUAAGUCUCACCAUCUCCGCCAAGAGCGGCUCCGCGGCGGGAGCGCGCAUUCACACCGCUCAGCGCUACGUGUACAGCAUCUUUUCAGCUAUGAUCAAGUGUCCCGCAGGCAACACUACUGGGCUUUUACCGAAUUUCUACACGUCCAGCCGAGAAACCGCGGGGAUAAAACCGGCGCAAGACGAGAUCGAUUUCGAGUGGCUGGGCAGAAAUAAGUCGAUCGUUCAGGUGAACUACUAUGUGAACGGAAGCGCCACGACACUCGGUGUGGGGAACGAGAAAAUCAUCGAGCUGGGUUUUGAUUGUUCGAAAGAUUUUCACGAGUACCAAAUCGACUGGACACCUCUGCGAAUCAAGUAUACUUCCAUUUGGGACGCUUCAGACGUGAAUAACGGCAGCUGGUCAGGCACCGCAAAUAGCUACGUGGACGCGCCCUUCGUGUUCCACGUGUCCAACGUCUCCGCCGUUAAGCUUUCGGCACCCUGGAAUUCUCCCCGGCCCACCACCUUUCCGAUCUCCGGUUUGCAUCCCCCGGGUGCGUUUCCCAGCGGUCCCACCCCAGCUACAUCGCCCAAAUCCAAGGCCGGAUAUCUCGUCCCCGUCCUAGUUCUCUCGGGCGUCUUGGCGCUUGUCCUCUGCGCGCUCAUCUUCAGGAUCGCCAGGCGCAGGAAAGGUUUAAGGGGUUUGGCGGAGUGGCGGCCGCGGCCGCGGCUGCCGGCCGCCGCGCUGGGCGCGCCCGCCGGCGAGGAAGACUGGCUGCACGACUGGCCGCCCGCGGCGUUCCGUUUCGACCGCCGGAGUUUGGGUCAGCGGAAUACCCCGAGAGGGUCAAGCUGCGAAGCCCAAAACGAGAGUGGGGAUGUGGGUACAGGUGACGGAAAGGAAGACGUGGGUUUGGAACCGUAUCUGGAGAGGACUCGAAAAGAGUGGUCCGGUCAUUAUCUCACCCGGUUGGAAGGGGAGAAUGGGAUCUGGAGCGGAUUCGUCGCUAUUGAGAGAGUCGUCUCUCCGCAAGAGCCUUCUGAAAGUAAUGAAAGCAUUACCUUAAGGAACGCGCUCCCCCAAGCGAUCAGUUUUGAUCACUAUCGAGCCGCUACUUAG